AUGACCUGGCAAAGGGGAGGAGGAGUGGGCCUUGCUGAGGUUUGCGCGGGUGUUCGAACUGGUGGCAACUCCUUGGCCUCCCACCGGCCUUCUCCCACCGGCCUCCCACCGCUUCUGAGCUUAGAGAGAAAUCCGGGACCCACUUCGAGGCGGAAUUUUGCAAAGGGCACACAACACAGUCUUACUCAGUGGGAUGCCGGCGGCCGGCAAGAGGUUGUUAGUAAUUCUGCGACUUACGACUUGCUCGAACUCGUAUUCCCUUCCUAG